AUGGCGGAGCUGACAGACGCGGAGCUCCGGAAGGAGCUGAUAGCUCUCGGCUACCGGCCGGGGCCCAUCACCGCCACCACUCGCAAGGUCUACGUCAAGAAGCUGGGCUGCCUGCGGGCUGAGGUGGCGGCGGCCAGGCGCAGGGGCCGCGGCGCGCCGCCGAGCCCCGCCCGCACCCCCGCCAGGCCGCAGGAGGCCUCGCCCUCGCGGCAGCGCUCCGGCUUCAACCCCCUCGUCGGGGCGGCCCGCGACAGUGAGGAGGAGGAGGAUGAGGAGGAUGAGGAAGAGGAGGAAGGGGGGCAACCGCCCGCGUCCCGCUGGGGGAUGUCUGGGGAGGGCGGCGGGCUGUCCUGGGGGGACUCCCGGGGGUCCCCCCCGCGCCGGAGCGGAGGGCUCGGCGCCAGGGCUGAGGGAGGCCUGUCCCGGGACAGCUUGGGGGGGCUGAGCCCCUCGGCGCAGUGGGGGGCGUCUGUGGAGAGAAGUGGGGGGGCCGGGGCCGGGCUGGGGGCAUCCGUGGGUGGGCUUGGGGGGCUGAGCUCCUCCUCCCAGUGGGACACGUCUAUAGAGAGAAGUGGGGGAAGUGGGGGGCUUGGUGCUGGAUCGAAGCCAUCCCUGGAUAGGUCUGGGGGGCUGAGCCCCACAUCCCAAUGGGACGCGUCUGCAGAGAGAAGCAGGGGGCUCAGCACUGGGCUGGGGGCGUCCCUGGAUGGGUUUCGGGGGCCAAGCUCCUCAUCGCAGUGGGGCACGACAACAGAGAGAAGUGGGGGGUUCAGCACUGGGCUGAGGCAGACCCUGGACAGGUUUCGGGGGUCGAACUCCACAUCCCAGUGGAGCCCAUCUGCAGAGAGAAGUGGGGGGCUCAGCAUCAGGGCUGGGUUGGGGACAUCCCUGGAUGGGGCUGAGGGGCUGAGUUCCACGUCCCCCUGGGGUACCUCCACAGGCAGGAGUGGGGGGCUCAGCUCCAAACCCCUUUCCAGCGAUGAGAGUGGGGGUCUGAAGUCCAGGAGCCAUUGGGGCAUGUUGGGAGGAGGAAUUGGGGGGCAGAGCUCCCGAGCUCAGUGGGAGACAGCAGGGGAAAGGAAGGGGCUCUCUGACAGCUCAUGGAGGCAGGAAAGCGAGGUGACACCCAGCACCCACUGGGGCACCUCAGCAGGACCUGGGGGGUUGAGUCAGUUUGGGAGGGGGAAAGAGGACUUGGCUUCCAGUGUUCGGAAGGAGGCAGGCAGGGAGCUGAACCCCGGCAGCCGGGGAGGGGGCUUGAUCCGGCGGUUCCCAUGGAGGGCUACAAGCGAUGCAGGGCUGGCCUCGGGGAGCCGGUGGGAAACAUCGGGAGCAGGACAGGGAAUAACCUCCCGCACUCGCUUGUUGCGGUCAGCCCCAAAGCAGCAGGUGGAAGGAAAGGGCAAAGGCCUCGAGUACUACCUGUCCCAGUUCCUUUGCCUCGCCAGCUUUGUGCUGCUGCUGAUUUUUCUGGGCAUCCUCAUAGUGAAGAUGAUUGGGUCAGGCUGGCUGGACAGGAGAGAGGAGAACUUUAAUCUCUUGCCUGUGGAUUGUGACAAAAGAACGGAUGAUUUCUGUCAAGCUAAACAGAAGGACAUAAUAAUGAACAUCCUGCACGAGUUGUAUAACUACUUGUCCAUACAAGCUGGUAAUUUUGAAUGCGGAAACCCUGAGAAUCUAAAAAGCAAAUGCAUUUGGGUUAGUGAAGCGAAGGAUCACGUGGUGAAUAUAACUGGUAGUUCCCCACAGAAGUUUGAAGCUGCCUUGCACUGGAUACUAAACAGUAACAAGGAUUUAGGAAUAUGGUUGAAAGGCAGAGACCUUUCAGAACCAGUUACCAAAGUGGAGGAAGUGUUCUGUCUCGAAUCGGCCCAUCCUCAGAUGGGGCUCGGCUGCCGUUUCCGUCGGGCAGUGGUCACUGCCAUUAUGAACCUUUUCCUGUUUUUCUGGAGUCUGAUAACUCUUUGGGGAAUCCUGAUCUUCCUUAGGUAUCGCUGGCGGAAGAUGGAGGAAGAGGAACAAGCCAUGUAUGAAAUGGUGAAGAAGAUUAUAGCUGUUGUCCAGGACCACUAUAAGGAAUGGGAACGGAAUUUGGAACGUUACCCCUACGUCGGCAUUUUCCACGUUCGGGACAGCCUCAUCCCUCCUCAAAGCAGAAAAAAAAUGAAGCGGGUCUGGGAGAGAGCUGUGGACUUUCUGGCUUCAAAUGAGUCACGGAUUCAGACAGAGUCGCACAGAGUAGCAGGAGAAGAUAUGCUUGUGUGGAGAUGGACUCAGCCUUCUUACGUCUCGGAUUCAGAGCACUGAAGAGGAGCAGAAGUUGAGCAACUGUUGAUAUGGACCUCUGCAAGGGGACAGUCCCUUCUCUGGUGGUGGGAAAGAGCAGGUCACGGUCCUAAUCUCCUCGGGUUGGGGAUUGCACAUAUCUGUUUGCUCUUCUUUCUGAAAAUCUUCACACACAAAAAUUCAGGGCAAUAAUGUUGGCUUGGAAAGAAGAUGGGCUUGAGCUGGUGGGAAGCUAGAAUUGCACCAAAGGUAGCCUUCCAGCAGGCAUCUGGCUUCCAUAGACAAGCAAACCUAGAACAACUUUUUAAAAAGAAAAAAAAAAGCAUACCUAAUAUUGAGGGACUUGGGAUCUCUCUGACAAAGCUUAGGUGUUUAAAAUUUCACCUCAAUUCUGCAAAGGCCGACUGGUGGCAACGUCCGUCAGAGAAUGUGUUUAAAGGUGGUUAACAUUUCCCAUGGAAACAUUAGGGUGGCAGUUAAGAUGCAUUUUGUUAGAAUUUGGUUUUACCAGUACAAAAACAGUAAUGAAAGCACCUGCUGCUUCCUAGCAAGGCAAAUGUUUGUGUUGGCUUCACCCUUUAAGAAUGGGGGAGAGGGGGAAAAGUCGGGUGAAGGUAGUCCUUAGAGGGAGGGCAGUCUGACGUGCCUUGGUGGUUUGGGCUGG